AUGCUACGCCCCGCGACACUCCGACCCCUCCAGCGGGCGGCUCAGCAGCCCGCCCUCCGGGCCGCCCGUCGCACAAUCUCUUCGCGUGGUUCGUCCAAGCUGACGCAGGAAUUUGACCUCAACAGACUGAAUUCGCAGCGCCGUGACUACGACCGCAAUCGCACGGCGUUUCUCACCGCGGGCGCCGUCGCCGGCGUCAUCUCCUUCAUCUACACGGCUUGGAAGCUAAAACAGGCCAUUAGCGAGAAGAACGCCAAGGAGGGCAAAUCCGGCGCCGUCAAGUUCGACGCCCAGCCCAACAUCCCGACGGAACAGUUCAAGACCGAGGCCGGCGAGCUGCGCAAGAUCAUUAUCCACGACGAGGACGGUAACGAAGUCGUUCCCACCGGCAACAGCACCGUGCCGCUGUUCCCGCGCACCAUCGAUGUCAGCCUGCCGCUCGACAAGAAAGAACAGAGCCCGCUCGCGGCAUCCAUCAGCGACUCGGCCGGCACUCAGUACACGCUCGUCGGCCUGGGCAUGCGCAGCGUGACCUUCAUCGGCAUCAACGUCUAUCUCGUCGGGCUCUACGUCGCGACGCAGGAUAUUGCCCGCCUGCAGCACUACCUCGUCAAAAACGUGAACCCGGUCGCCACGACGCUGAUUCCCUCUGAAAAGGAUACGCUGCGACAGCGGCUGCUGGACCCCGUCGAGGGCGAGGCGCUGUGGGACGCCGUCCUGCGCGACGCCAAGCUGCGCAGCGUCCUCCGCAUCGCGCCCGUGCGCGACACCGACUUCCACCAUCUCCGCGACGGCUUCGUACGCGCCAUCCAGGCCCGAUCCUCGCUCGACAAGCCGGCGUACAGCGACGAGGCCUUUGGUACAGCCAUGAAGAACUUCAAGGUGCUGUUCAACCGCGGCCAGGUGCCCAAGAAGCAGGAGAUGCUGCUGUGCCGCAACGAGAGCGGCGCGCUGGCGGUAACGUACGACGCGGGAUCCUCGUCCAAGCCACAGCGCGAGGUUCUCGGCACCGUUGCGGACCCGAGGCUCAGCCAUCUGCUGUGGCUGAAUUACCUGGCUGGCAGCAAGGUGGCGUCCGAGCCCGCUCGCAAGAAUAUCGUCGAGGGCGUCAUGGAGUUUGUGGAACGGCCGGUGGGCACGGUUGCGACACAGGUCGUAUAG